AUGGGUGAGUCUAAUGAUGAUAUCGACCAAAUGUUCAGCAAUUUGCUGGGAGAGAUGGAUCUGCUAACCCAGAGUUUAGGAGUUGAAACCCUUCCUCCGCCUGAAACAAGGACUACCAGAACUGAAUUUAACUACACUGUGGGCUUUAAAGAUUUAAAUGAGUCCUUAAAUGCCCUGGAGGACCAAGACUUAGAUGCGCUCAUGGCUGAUCUGGUAGCAGACAUAAGCGAAGCUGAGCAGAGGACAAUCCAGGCACAGAAAGCCUCUGCACAGAAUCCACCGCAUUUGGCACCCCGCGAGGCGUCCCACUUCAGUGGGGCGGCCUUUCUGGGUUCGGAAGCCGAUGCUCCCGCAGCUCGCAUUAGCUACUGUGAAGAUGCUUUCCCACCCCCACCAGCGGAUCCCGUGUUAGACCUUCCACUGCCCCCACCGCCUCCCGAGCCUCUCUCUCAGGAAGAAGAAGAAGCCCAAGCCAAAGCCGAUAAAAUUAAGUUGGCACUGGAAAAGCUGAAGGAGGCCAAGGUUAAAAAGCUCGUGGUCAAAGUGCACAUGAAUGAUAACAGCACCAAGUCCUUGAUGGUGGAUGAGCGGCAGUUGGUCCGAGAUGUUUUAGACAACCUUUUUGAGAAAACUCACUGUGACUGCAAUGUGGAUUGGUGUCUUUAUGAAAUAUAUCCUGAACUACAAAUUGAGAGAAUUUUUGAAGACCAUGAAAAUGUUGUUGAAGUCUUAUCAGACUGGACAAGAGACACGGAAAAUAAAAUACUAUUUUUGGAGAAAGGGGAAAAAUAUGGUGUAUUUAAAAACCCCCAGAACUUUUACUUGGAUAACAGAGGGAAGAAAGACAGCAAGGAAACAAAUGAGAAAAUGAAUGCCAAGAACAAGGAAUCCUUACUUGAGGAAAGUUUCUGUGGCACAUCUGUGAUUGUGCCGGAAAUCGAAGGAGCUCUGUACCUCAAAGAAGACGGAAAGAAAUCUUGGAAAAGGCGUUAUUUUCUUUUACGGGCUUCUGGGAUUUAUUAUGUACCCAAAGGCAAGACUAAGACAUCUCGGGAUCUGGCAUGUUUCAUACAGUUUGAAAAUGUCAACAUUUACUAUGGGCUCCAGUGUAAAGUGAAAUAUAAAGCUCCCACUGACUGCUGCUUUGUCCUCAAGCACCCCCAAAUUCAAAAGGAGUCCCAGUAUAUCAAGUACCUCUGCUGCGAUGACGCAAGGACUUUAAGCCAGUGGGUCACAGGAAUCCGGAUUGCCAAGUAUGGAAAGACCCUUUACGACAAUUAUCAGCGGGCCGUGGCAAAAGCUGGGCUUGCUUCUCGGUGGACCAACCUGGGGACCGUCAGCCCAGCUAUCCCAGCUCAACCACCUGCAGGACGUAAACCCAGUCCUGCCCAGCCCAAUGGCCAGGUUCCUCAGGCUGCGCAUUCUGUUAGUGCUGUCCUCUCUGGGGCCCAGAAACAGGCGGAAAUGACUAAGGUAAGACCAAAGAGGGGGUCACAUGUAGCCUAUCCAACUGUCCCUGAGGAAAGCAAGCUAAAGCACAGCGGCCAGCGUGACACCGGCGGUAAAUGA